AUGACGACUCGAGCUGCAGCGGCAAAAGGUGCAAAGAGGGCAACUUUCAGGACAACGAAGAAAAAGAACGUUGAAGAUUCCAUCAAGAAGGAUGUCGUGGAGGCGGAAGGGCGCGUAAAAGAUGCAAAGUCAACGGUGGACGCAAAGUUUAGCAAGACCGCUUCCGUAACAUCGAGAGCGACGCGAAAGUCGGCGAAGGCACGAUUGGACGUUGAGCUACAGCAGAUCGAGGCUGAAGAGGCAUUAAUGCGCGAAGAAAUGCAACGCAAGAGAGAACUAGCGAAGAAGAAGUUUGAGGUUCUUAAAGAGAUGGCCGACUUGGAAGGUAGUGGAGAAUCCGCCGUCGAUCAGCCGAAUGCUGUUCAUAAAGUGGAACAUUGGUUGAAGCACCAUGGCGAAGAUCACACAAAAAGCAAGCGAUUGCCGUAUAAAGAAGCCAGCUCGUCUGACUCCGACGACGAAGUAGACUCGGAAACUUCGAGCGAAGGAACCGGAAGCGAAUUGGAUAGCGAUGAAGAAACAUCAUCCGAUAGUGAAGUUCAUUGCGACAGAGUGGAAGAGCGAUCCGUCGGAGAGCUUGAAGCGCGCAGACAUUAUGGGAUGAAGAAGACCACUACCAGCAAAAAUGCGAAGUGUGGAAGCAGCAAACCGUCCGAUGGGUCGAAACCGUUGUCCCUGAUUGAUGCGGAUACUGCGGCCUUACGAGUCGUAUUUCUCAUGUAUACUUGA